AGUGUUGUUUCUUUUGAAGGCACUUCAGAUGUGUACUUCAGAAUGUUGUUACGAUAAUUGCGGAUGCAGCUGCCACCUCUGAACGGUUGAUUUGUUUGUGAGUCCUCCCAACAUGGGGCACCCUACCUCUUUCGGACAGCCGUCGUGUCUUGUCUGGCUAGCUGCGGCAUUCCUUGUUCUGGGGCUUUGCCUCGUCCAGCAAGGCGCUGGCAUACAGCGGCCUCACCAGUGGAAGAGCUCGGAAGCCGCUUUGAGUGUCAGUCCGGCGGGAGACAUCGUGGACAAGUAUUCUCAUGAUUCCACUGAAGGAGAGAACACUGUCUCAGAGGGGGAAGCUGAGGGCAGUCGGGGGGGUUCAUGGCUGGAGCAGGAGGGGGUUGAAUUAACGUCGCGUUUACUGGACAGCCAGGCAGGAUCGUAGUCCGCGUUCCCCUCAGAUGGCAGACUGUUUCUCAACCCAGAGGGUGCGGAGGAAGUCGUUAUUAUCUCAAAAACCGGCCUACGACCGCUGCUGUGGUCAUUGAGACAGCUUUGGCCUCUUUGAGCAUCACCAGUGUGUCUCGCUGUCACCUUGCGGGCAGUGAAUUUGCAAGAGCGGCUUCAGAAGACGGUCGUGGAUGGUCUUCGUGGACUAUGGAGAUGGUUAGGGUGGUCGUGCCUGCCAGUUCCUCUCAUAUACACUUGUGUACUGGAACUCCUCUGCAGUGGGGGAGCCACGCACAGUUGUUUGAAUGCAACGGGAUGUUGUGGUCAUUCGAUGGUGGUGGUUUUCCACGUGAGAGAAGACUGCUUUCGCAGACACCACGACCGUGUUACGAAGAGAAGUGCUUUUGAUGGCAUCCAGUGACGCGUCGGGAUUGUCCGGCGAAGCUUUGUGAUGAUUGACCGGGGCCCUCGGCGUGAACAACUAAGAGGGGCACCCGAACCGGUUCCAGCUUUUCCGCCCUAGCGUGCCGCGGCAUGCCCCUGAAAGCUAAUACCCAGCGUACAAACUCACGCCACCCCAAGACAGUGGUGUCACUUAAACUCGGCUAGUGCCUGUGGGCAUUCCAUUUUAUACGAGGGAUACGGAAACCUGUCUGUACCAAAGCAUAUUGGGGGCUUGGAGGUCGGUUUUCCCAGAACUCGUCAAAAAAACGACAAUACGUCUGAGGAUAUGUACGCAGACAGAUAUCCUUCGCUACAGAUAUGUAGGAAGGUAUGUUGCUUGGGGGAGGUCCUGUGAGGGAAAAAACAGGUGUUCUCCACUUUUUCAGAUCUUGUUGCAUCUGCCGCGGUUUCUUCAUUGUCAACAAGAGAAGCCUCCCGGUUCUUUGCGGGAGGAGACUCGAUGCACGUCAUGACCUGAAAGAGAUUAUGGUUGGUCCCCAUGCGCGUAUGCCCAGACUUCACAUUUCCGGUCAAAACACAUACAUACUGAAAACUAGGCGUGUUGUUCCAAAUCCACCGUCACCUACAAAGGAGCGGACGCAGUUUUGAUCUGUGCACGCACGCAGCUCAUCAGUGUCAUAAUGUGAGUUACUCUACAUGUUUUCGCACACGAGGAAUGGAGACUCCGAUUGUUCUUUAAGCGCCAUUCUGAG